CGCGCGAGGGGCCCGGUGGCUCGGCCCCGGCGGUCUCGCGCCGCGGCCGUUGCGGGUCCGCCUCGGUCCGGAAUAUGGAGCAGUGAGCUCCCUGCAGUUUCUUAAGGCUCUCAUCUAUCAGAUUUUGACAUGAUCAGACGUUUGGUGGAAGAUGUGCGAGCCAGGCUGCGUUCUGGAGUCACUGUCAACUCACUUGGGCAGUGUGUUGAGGAGCUUGUCCUCAAUAGCAUUGAUGCCAAAGCAACAUGUGUAGCUAUCAGGGUGGAUUUGGAAGCUUUUAAGAUCCAGGUGGUGGACAAUGGCUCUGGGAUUGGGAAGGAGGACCUAAAGGCUGUUGGCAAGCGCUACUUCACCAGCAAGUGCAGCUCAGUGAGAGACUUGGAGAACCUGACUUUCUAUGGCUUCAGAGGAGAGGCUUUGGCAAGUAUAGCCAACAUGGCUGGUGUAGUGGAAAUCUCAUCUAAGACCAGCAGUUCAGCAAAAACAUUUAUGAAACUGUUUCACAAUGGGCAAGCACUGGAAGUAUGUGAAGCUGAGUUGAACAGACCAAGUGGCGGAACUACAGUCACGGUGUGCAAUCUGUUCCAUCAGUUACCAGUGAGGAGAAAGUGUAUGGAUCCUGUGCUGGAAAUUGAGAGAGUGAGACAGAAGGUAGAGGCUGUUUCGCUAAUGCAUCCUUCUGUUUCUCUUUCCUUAAGAAACGAUAUUUCUUGUUCCAUGGUGCUUCAGCUCCCUAAGACAAGAGAUGUGUACUCUCGCUUUUGUCAAAUUUAUGGACUGGGCAGAUCCCAGAAGUUGCGAGAAAUAAAUCACAAGUCUGGGGGAUUUGAGAUAAGUGGUUUUAUCAGUACUGAGGGACAUUACAAUAAGAAUAUGCAGUUCUUGUAUGUGAAUAGGAGGCUUGUUUUAAAGACAAGACUACAUAAACUAAUUGAUUUUUUAUUAAGAAAGGAAAGUGUAAUUUGCAAGUCAAAGAGUGUCCCUGCAAGCCGACAGGCUAAUUCAAGUCCUGGUCGCCAUCGCUGUGGGCCAGAGUUGUAUGGGAUCUUUAUUCUCAAUGUAACCUGUGCAUACAGUGACUAUGAUGUGUGCCUGGAGCCUGCAAAGACUCUGAUUGAGUUCCAGAACUGGGAUGUUCUUCUAACUUGCAUAGAGGAAGGAGUGAAAAUAUUUUUGAAACGAGAGCAUUUAUUUAUUGAACCAUGUAGUGAGGACAUCAGAGAAUUUAAUGAACACAAUGACUUUUGUUUACAUAAUGCUCCAGUUCUGAAGCCUUCAAUUGUUGAUGAGAAGAGCAUCCAGGAAAAUUUUAAGAAAGCAUGUAAUGAAAUUGUGGAUUCUUAUGAAAUAUGUAGCUUGCAAUCAAAAGAUGUCAAGAGGAAAUCCAUUACUGGGAAAAAAAGUUCAAGUCUUAUAGAGUCAAGUAAAAAUGCACAGGAAACUAAAAAUGCCCCAGUUCAGAACACUGCUGAAUCAUCUGAUCCAUGUAGAAACAAUAAAGCAGAGAUUCCGUUGCCAAGCAAAGAUGACACAGUUUCUGAUUUAAUUAAAUCAAAUACCUCAGAACAGAAGCCAAAAUACACCAGCAGUUCCCACAAAGUAUCUGAUACUCGUCUGAAACCUUCAGAACAUCUUUGUUCCUCUUUCAGUGGAGGAGCCAGAUCAGAAAUAAGGGAAAUAGAUGGUUGUGGUGACCUAGAGGGUUGUGCAGAGAAUAAUAUAAAAGAUGUGGGCAGCCAGCAAGGUCAAGUAAUGCAGGAAAGCAAUAAGGUUCUUGUCUUAAAUAAGGAUGUUAUUCAAUCACUGCUUGAGAGAGAAGACCCCACUGAAACAGCAGUGGGACCUGAAACUGUCUCUAGAAGGUCAUUAAUAAGACUGCCUAAUGCAAGAAGAAACAGGGGAGCAGCUAAAGUGCUAGAUGAUGCCAGAAGAGGGGCUGUUAGUUCAAUACCAUUAAAGUCACGCCUUACAGACCUUAUAAAAAGCGUUGUGCAAAAUGAGUCCCCACAUGACUGUGAACAGACAGAAACAAAUCUUGCAUCAAACUCACGGUGUAGGCCUGCCCCUGUCAGUGCCAAGGGUAUUUUUGACCAUAAAGUAAAUGUGAUUCAGUCUUCAAAUGCUAAGGGUAUUUCCAGUAAUGCUAAUAGAGAAUAUACAGCUUCUCUUACCAGAGAAGUAUGCAAGACUGAUGGUCAUGAGAACAAAGCUUUGUCACAUCGGGUGAGGGAGGAGACAGCUUUGCCUGCUGCUACCAAUAAACGACCUUAUGAAACAUCGAACAGUGCGGAAUUGCCACUGGCAACUUCUUCAGGUAUUCCUCACAAGAGGAUUGUUAUCAAAAACACUAGAAGGCAGAUAGCUGUGCCAAGAUCGCAGCCCUCUAAGAAACUGAGCUUGUCCACACAGCUGGGAUCAUUAGAGAAGUUCAAGAGAUAUUAUGGGAAAGUUAAGUCUACACUACCGACACCCACGUCAGAGCAAAAUGAAUGUGGUCUCCCAGUUCUUAAUUCAGAAACUAACUCUGACUUUUCAAAGGAUGGGAAUGGCAAUCAUGAUAACUUUGGCAGUUGUGAAACUCCACCUGCAGCAGAAGAUGAAGAUUCUAAUAAUAUUAGCCAAGGUUUUGGUUCCUUGGAAAAGACUUUAUUUUGCAGUGGAGAAAUGUCGCAGGACAAACAAGCCCUUUGUCAGAGUCCUUUGACAUUGUCUGAUUACUCUCUGGUUAGUAACAAAACCACAAGUUGUAGAAGAUCUCCAGGAUCAUUAUCAUCCAAACUGUCCAGAAUGAAAACUGAUCACAAAGAAAUAGAACAACUUGGUGAACAGUUCCAAACAGACUCAAAUAGAAAAGAUGUCCAUUCUUUUGAUUGUGAAUCCUCAAAUAAUGAUUUUUUGUAUAAUGUUUGUCAAACAUACAAAUCCUCAGUGGAAAAAAUGAGGGAGUGUAAGUCCAGCAUUUCUAAGGAGGCUGUGUGCUCGCAAUCAGAUGGUGUGAUAGCAGAGUCUGUGAAGAGUCCUGUCAGCUCAUCACCACUCAGCAAUAUAGAAGGAGAGUACACAGUCUCUUCAGUUUUAGCCUCACCUGCUAAAAAUGAUUGUACUGACAUCAUCUGUAAAGACAAAAGUACAUUAGGUGAAUCCUCAGAACAAAAUAUGAAAGAUACUGAGGUUCCCCAUGUGACCUUGCAAAGGCACUUGGAGUUCUCUGAUGACAACACGAGCACAGGCAAUCCGAGGAAUGAUUCUGUCUGGCUCCAAGAUUUCGAUGCUUUAUCGGGUAAGACAGUGUACAUCAAUAAAGCAACUGGACUCAGCACCUACGGCACUCCUCCUUGUGAAGGAUUUCAAACUGCCUGCAUUCAAGACAUAACAACAAUGGCUCUGAACGUUGUUUCGGAAAAUGUUUUGUUGCUCACAAUGAUGUACAGAAGAAUCAUAUUAAUAAUAUCUCUGCCAAGUCUAAAGUCUCACCAGCCUUGGAGCAAGUAAAUCCUACCUUUCUGA